AAGGCUUAGGCAGAGCGAUUCAGACAGCAUAAGAUAUACUCAUCCUGGAUACUAACACACACUGCUCCUAUGGAAAGUAUUUUCACAUCAGAAUAUCUCCUUUCCAGAGAACUGGAAGCACCAAUGCAAGACUGGACCAGCUACCAGAAUGCACUGCAUGCAGGUAUUCUGGCUAAAUCUGAGGGAGCCGGGCCAAAGCUGAAUGGCAGUCCUUCGGGGCAAAGGAAGCGCAAAAGGACCUUGUACAGCAAAUGGCAACAGCUGGAACUGGAGAGUGUGUUUUCUAUGGUUCCUUAUCCAGAUAUUAGCACAAGGGAACAACUGGCCAAAAUUAUUCGGCUGCCAGAGUCUAAGGUGCAGGUUUGGUUUCAAAAUCGCAGAGCUCGGAAAAACAAAAGUGGGAAACUUGACAGAUCCCUUUACAGGAGAGGGUCUUCAGUAAGGCAUAGUCAUCUGUCCUUGCACUCUCAGUCCCCUCCACUGAAUUACAGCCAGAGAGAUCCUCUCAUUACAAUGCAGUGUCCCUUAAACAAACCUGUGCAGCAGGGAUCAGAGGGCCACAUACCCAUUUCCAUGAAACAGCCACUGUUUAAUCAGCACCCCGAGUUGUCCCCUCCUCACUCACAGCAGUAUACCGGAAUGGAGGAGAAGGAGCAGCACACACACGGGCAGAGAGUAUUUCAUUGGGAGAACAUGGCUGAGAACAGUAACAGCUCUGGUUAUGAGCCUAUGUUGUACAACAUGCCUUUUGUGGAGCUGGAGAAAUAUAUGAGUUGCUCUCCAAUGUCAUACUUGGAGAUGUUUCCUCAAGCCAUGAAUGAAAGCGGAUCACCAACCACGCUGGGAUGCAUUUCUGAUCUCAUAUACAAUGCGGCCAUACUAACCAAUGUAAAUGACUUCUAGGCAGGAGCUGAAAGCAUUACAUCACAAUUACUGAACUAUUUUAUGUGCACUGGAACUUUCUAAACAAAAUCUUAAUCCACGUAGGGAUACAUAAUUUCAUCUUCCAAAACGUCUUAAUUAUUUUUAAAGUCUCAAUUCAUUUCUCAAACUGCGUGACAUGAAAAAUAAGCUUAGUAUGUACAAGCCCUUCCUUUGCCCCAGUUGCUCCCUGUGUCUCGCGUUUAUAGAUAAGGAGGAGUUUGGGUGGGGGUUAAGAGGGAGAAAUAACUGGAUGAAAACCCCUCUUCUCCUCCCAUAAUUGCGCAGGACAGUAACAUAAAUUUGUUCCACUGCAGAAAUACUUGAUUUGUUUUAAUAACAGGCAGAACACACCACAAGUCAUGUGUUGAACACAGAUGUAUAUUGACAUCUGGAAGUGAUCUAAAGAGUUAAAGAGACAGUGAUGCUAAAGUACAGUAGAUUUCUCAUUUAUUCAAAAAUGUAUAUAAGGAUUCACAUGUGGGUGGUCAGUUAGUAUUUCAUGCUGUGAGCUUGGUUAUAUUUUUGGAGCUUAUUCCUUUAUUUUUUUCCAGUCUAGAAUAAAUAUUCAUUCUAAUAACAUUAGACAGCAAUUCCACUUGUGUUAGGUACCACACCCACUUAACUAGAUAUGAAACAGCCAUCCUGAUGACAAUCCCUAGUGAACUGAAACACAUAGGUGCAAAUUUACUAACCUCUGAAAAUUCGCAAGUGACGGCUUCAAUCACAGUGCAACACUUCACCAGGCGUAGAUUCGCCAGGACAACGCUAAUUCACUAAUAUCCGAAGUCCAGGGCGCCAAACGCUGGCGAAGUUGCGGUAGCAUUACUGUGCCAAUCGAAGUGAAGUUGCGCUAGCAUUGGCUAAUUUACAUAUGGCGGGAAGUUAAAGUUCAAUGGACGUAUAUGUUGCAGCAAAUACAUUGCAUUACACAAGCCUGGGAAACCUUAAAGGGAAACGCAUC